CUCUAUUGCAUGCCACUUUGUUCAUUUCCCCCUCAAACACACGGUCUCAGUCUCUCUCUCCAUCUUUCUCUCUCUAAAUCACCAAAACCAAUACCCAAACGGAACCACAAACAAGAAACUCAAGAACCAAAACCCAAAAAAACGCAUAUACAUAUAGCCAGAAAUAUAUACACACACACGUAUAUAUAGGCCAAAGAUCAGAGAGAGAGAUUCAUCAUUCAUCAUAUCAUCAACAAGAAUACUGAAGCUUUCCUUGAUCUCUCCCAUGGCCGUUGAAGCUCGUCACCUCAAUCUCUUCCCUCCUCAACUCAUUGGCAACAGAGAAAUCAUGAAUCCGAUUGAGACAAACGCGAACAUCUUCACCAACGCUCAUCACCAGAGUAAUCUGGGACUUUACGGAUUGCCGCCGGCGGGAGCGAUCGCCGCCGAGGCUCUCCUCCCGUCGUACAAUUCUCCGAUAAACGAUCCUCCGAAGACCGCGAAGAAAUCCUCCGACAGCGGACUCACAUACACCGUCAAUCCGACGCCGUAUUCAAGAAAACGCUCCAGAGACUCGAUCAACCCUCUACUCUCGUAUCCGAUCAGCACUACAGCGCAAACGAUGAACAAGAACUGCAGUUCUUUGUCUCCUUUCUCCUUUCUCGGAGAAGACAUCUCUCUCCAUCUCCAGCAACAGCAAUUCGACCUCGAUCGUCUCGUUUCUCAACAUAUGGAGAAGGUGAGGAUGGAGAUAGAGGAGAGGAGGAAGAGACAAGCGAGGAAGAUUCUGGAAGCAAUAGAAGUAGGGAUGAUGAAGAGGCUCAAGGCAAAAGAGGAAGAGAUCGAGAAGAUCGGGAAGCUGAAUUGGGCGUUGGAGGAGAGAGUAAAGUCUCUGUGCAUCGAGAAUCAGAUAUGGCGCGACCUGGCUCAGAGCAACGAGGCCACGGCCAAUACCCUGCGGACCAAUCUCGAGCAGGUCCUGCAGGCGGCGCAGGUUAAGGACCACGGUGGCGCAGGAUUAGUAAACGACGACGCGGAUCGGGACGACGGCGGUGCUUGCGGGGCCGACCUCGCCGACGACGCGCAGUCGUGCUGCGGGGAAAACGACGACGUCGGAGGAGGGUGGCGCGCGGUGGUGGGAAUCACCGGGAGGGGGAGAAACGACGACGUGAAGGAGGAAACGACGAGCAAUGUGAGCUGUGGAGGGAAUAAUAAUAGGAUGUGCAGGAACUGUUGGAAGGAGGAGUCGUGCGUUUUGCUUUUGCCGUGCAGGCAUCUCUGCCUCUGCACUGUGUGCGGGUCGUCGCUCCACACUUGUCCCAUCUGUAAAUCCACCAAGAACGCCAGUGUGCAUGUAAACAUGUCAUCGUAAACAAAAAAAAAAUGAAAAAAUGAACAGAAAACACCAAAAUUUUCAUCAAUACUAAUUGGUUCUUUACUUCUUCAAAUUAUGUUUUUUUUUUUAUUUUUUUUGUCACAACUUUUCAACGUGGGCUGGUUAAUGUUGUUACAUAUUCUUUACUUCUGGGAAUAUUUCUUUAAAAAUCUUUUUACUGCCUUCUGGGGUUUGCUUUUUACAUGGCAAAUCUGGUG